AUGUCUCGUCAGAUUCAAGAAUAUCUCAAUAGUUUGGUAAAUAAGUCCCGAGUUUAUUAUUUGGAUUUAAAUAAUCAGCUGCAAAAACAAGGUUAUCAGUGUGUCACUUGCCACCAAAGCUUACAAGGCAAAUGUGAGAACUGUAAUAAUCAAAAUAAGCAACUAACCGGAGAAAUCACUAGUUUAAGUGAAUUUAGCCAUUUAAAAGGAGUGAAUGUUUCUAAUCAUCAGUUUACUAGCCUUAAUUUCUUAAAUUCUUUACCGAAUAAAGAGCAAUUAAAAGGUCUUAAUCUGUUUGGUAAUCAGAUCACCGAAGUAGAUUUUGCCGAAUUAUUUACUAAAUUUCCUAAUUUAGAGAAAAUAAACUUGCAAAAUAAUCUAGCAAAAGCCAAGAAUUUGAAUAAUUUAACUAAUCAACAAUUUGCUAAACUAGUGAACGGAAUUAAAACCAAGAAAAUUAGAGUUGAUUCCUUAAAAGGCACUAUUUUAACGGAUUUAUUAACUUAUGCUCAACAAUUAACCACUAGUGGCAAUAAUCAACAGCAACAAAAUGCUCAAUAUUUGCAAACUCUUCUUCACCAAGACAGUUCACCACUAAACCACAAUAAACAACCAAAUAAUCGCACUCCUCUAUUAAUUGGCGGUGAAAUAAAUAAGCCUAAGCCUGAGAUUAAGCAAAUAAUUAGUGGUUUAUCGGAAUUAGAGCAGGAAACUAAAAAAGAUUGUUCUCAUUGUCAACACCAAAGAUAUGCCGAACAAAUCUCCGCAAUUAAGCAAGGAAAUAGCCUGUUAGGCUCUUUGAAUAUUCAACAAAAAAAUGGUAAAGGGCAACAAUUACCAAGGAAAGAAAAACGAACUUGA